AUGGGGACAUCUAGGAGUGCUAUUUCGUGCAGUCCGAUCAGACUGAUCUUCCCUUCUGGUGCAAAGUACAAAGAGAAGGCUUUGGAAGCUCUUAAGCCAGAAUUAAAGGCCAGCAUCGAGAAGGAAAGUGCAUUCAUGCAGAAGCAACCGGUCAAGGGAGUUGCUCAGGAGAAAAACCACAAGCUCAUUGAUGUGGACGUUCCGGUUGUAGGGGGACAUGCUGGUAUAACCAUUUUACCAUUGCUGUCAAAGACGAAACCCACUGUUAGCUUUACUGAUGAAGAACUAGAGCAACUAACUGUCUGGAUCCAAAAUGGCGGGACAGAGGCUGUGGAGGCAAAGGCAGGUGCAAGGGUAUUAGGUCAAGCUAUGUUUUCAUCUUUUGCAUUUGUUUUUCCAGCUUGCAUCAGGAGAUUGGUCCUCUCCAUGUGGACUAACCCUGCUAGAGAAGUUAUUCAAUAA